CCCACUUUUAUUUUGAAGCCCGCACCGGAAGCUUGGUGUGGCUGAUGCUCUCUCGGCAGAUGUCCGUCUGAAACCACUGUGGAGUCUCGCAGCGGCGCAGACUUGAAGAGACACAACUUAACGAUGGCGAGUCGUCUUCAUCCGUCCGCCCCUCGCUCUUCUUCCCGGUUCUCUGGACGGAGGCGACCGCUGCUGCUGGGCUGAGCUCACGGACCCCCCACCUCCUCCUCCUCCUCCUCGCCGCCGCCGCCACAGAACGAGCCGCCAGCCGCCAACUCCUGGAAGAGGCAGCCCGGAAAUAUUCAAGGACAUUUUGACGUUUCCAUAGCUACUCUGGCCUUUUCUGUCGCUUGAGGAAACCCAGCGUGCGCUUCUCCGGCGCGAGGAUGUCGCCAGAUUCAGUCAACGCGCCCAGGAACGGCGGCUGAAAGCCCGCGGAGAGAGAACCCAAACAUUCCGGGGCUGGUGAUGUUUGUCUACGCGUCAUCUUUACAUGUCGUACCCGCGCCCCUUCCCCUGCUGACGGGCCACACGCACACACCCUCACACACACGCACACUCACACGCACUCAACGGCCGAGAGACGGAAACCAGCGGCUGACUUCAGACGUGUUCGUGUCAGUGAUGGCAUCGCUUCCACAGCUCGAGUCGGCGGCUGCUUGGAGCUGAAGAAAACAACUCAACCCCCCCUUCACACACACACACACACACACACACUCACACACACACUCACACACGGUGCUGGUGAGAGCAGUGACCCGCAGAGAGAGCAGAGAGCGACCGUUGAACUGUGACUCUGAGCCGGAGUGAGCUGCUGGAGCCCGGGGAAGCUUCAUCGGCGUGCGUCAGGUCCAGGAAUCAUCCAUGUGGACUGCAGCUGGUGGUCUGACGAGUUUCGUAUAGAAGCCGCGGAGUCUCUCCUGUCCCCUCUCCCUCUCCCUUCCCUCUCUCCCUUUCCCUUCCCUUGUCAGUCUUCUGCCUCAUCCCCCUUUCCCCCCUGCUCCAAGAUUCACGAUGCUCAUCAAGGAGUACCGCAUCCCCAUGCCAAUGAGUGUGGAGGAGUACCGCAUCGCCCAGCUCUAUAUGAUCCAGAAAAAAAGCAGAGAGGAGAGCUGUGGUGAAGGCAGUGGGGUGGAGAUCCUUGAGAAUAAGCCCUACACAGAUGGACCAGGUGGGACGGGCCAGUACACCCACAAGGUCUACCACAUUGGCAUGCACAUUCCCAGCUGGUUCCGCUCCAUCUUGCCCAAAGCGGCGCUGAGAGUUGAAGAGGAGUCCUGGAACGCCUACCCUUACACCCGCACCAGAUACACCUGUCCCUUUGUUGAGAAGUUCUCCAUCGACAUUGAAACCUACUACAAACCCGACACAGGCAACCAGGCUGACGUCUUUAACAUGUCUGCAGUAGAGAAGAGGCAGAGGACAAUCGACCCAAUCGACAUAGUGACAGACCCCAUCCCCCCUCACGAGUACAAAGCAGAGGAGGACACACGGCUCUACAAGUCUGCCAAGACCCAGAGGGGUCCCCUGCAAGACGAUUGGAUAGAGGAGUACAACAACAACCCAGGGAAGACCCCCAUCAUGUGUGCCUACAAAUUGUGCAAGGUGGAGUUCCGCUACUGGGGCAUGCAGUCGAAGAUUGAGCGCUUCAUUCAUGAUGUUGGACUGAGAAAGGUGAUGGUGCGUGCCCACCGGCAGGCCUGGUGCUGGCAGGAUGAGUGGUACGGUCUGACCAUGGAGGACAUCAGGGAGCUGGAGCUGGAAACUCAGCUGGCCCUGGCCAGGAAGAUGGCCCAGUUCAGCCAGGCCGAUGAGGCCACCGAGGCCAAUGGAGGGGCUCCGUCUCCAGACAAAGAUCAGGAAGUGAAAGAAGCGAUCAGCUCCAUUGAAGCAGAGGAUGUGGUUGUCAGCUCAGGGGGAGAAACUCUGCAGCCACGAGGUGUGCUCACCAAGCAGUGGUCCACCUCCUCAAGAUCGUCUCGCUCCUCCAAGAGAGGAGUCUGCCACCUCACUGCGUCCCACCUUCCCGAGGUGACAAAAACCUCAAACUGCUCCAUAAGUUAA